AUGGACCAUACAUCCUCAACCUACAUGCUUGCUAACUUAACACACUUACAUUCUGAACAACUUCUGCAAGGUCUGAAUCUUCUUCGUCAACAUCAUGAACUCUGUGACAUCAUUCUUCGAGUAGGUGAUGUUAAAAUUCAUGCUCACAAAGUGGUACUUGCCAGCAUCAGCCCAUAUUUCAAAGCUAUGUUUACUGGAAAUCUUUCUGAAAAAGAGAACAGUGAGGUUGAGUUUCAGUGCAUUGAUGAAACUGCUCUCCAGGCUAUUGUGGAAUAUGCCUACACAGGGACUAUUUUUAUUUCACAGGACACAGUAGAAUCUCUCCUUCCAGCAGCAAACCUACUCCAGAUAAAACCUGUCCUGAAAGAAUGUUGUGCAUUUCUUGAAAGCCAACUUGAUCCUGGUAAUUGUAUUGGAAUUUCUCGUUUUGCAGAGACGUAUGGUUGUCAUGACCUUUAUUUGGCAGCCACUAAAUAUAUAUGCCAGAAUUUUGAAGCUGUUUGCCAGACUGAAGAGUUUUUUGAGCUUACACAUGCUGAUUUGGAUGAAAUUGUUUCCAAUGACUGUUUGAAUGUAGCUACCGAAGAGACUGUUUUUUAUGCACUUGAAUCUUGGAUCAAUUAUGAUGUACAAGAACGCCAGAAAUACUUAGCACAGCUACUUAACAGUGUGCGAUUACCAUUGCUAAGUGUUAAGUUUCUCACUAGAUUAUAUGAAGCAAAUCAUCUUAUUCGUGAUGACCGUACUUGUAAACAUCUUUUGAAUGAAGCCCUAAAGUACCACUUUAUGCCUGAACAUAGACUCUCCCAUCAGACAGUCUUGAUGACACGACCUCGCUGUGCUCCCAAAGUACUUUGUGCAGUAGGAGGAAAAUCUGGACUGUUUGCCACUUUGGAUAGUGUGGAGAUGUACUUUCCUCAGAAUGACUCUUGGAUUGGUUUGGCACCCCUAAACAUGCCUCGCUAUGAAUUUGGAAUAUGCGUUUUAGACCAAAAAGUAUAUGUUAUAGGUGGUAUUGAAACUGAUGUGCGUCCUGAUUUCAAUGUCAGAAACCAUGAAAAUUCAGUAGAAUGCUGGAAUCCUGAUACAAAUACCUGGACUUCUCUCGAGAGAAUGAAUGAACACCGAAGUACCCUUGGAGUAGUAGUACUUGCAGGAGAACUUUAUGCCCUAGGUGGCUAUGAUGGACAGUCUUAUUUACAGUCAGUAGAGAAGUAUAUUCCCAAAUUAAGAAGAUGGGAACCUGUGGCACCAAUGACUACAACACGAAGUUGUUUUGCUGCAGCUGUGCUGGAUGGAAUGAUAUAUGCCAUUGGUGGGUAUGGUCCCGCCCACAUGAACAGUGUGGAACGUUAUGAUCCAAGUAAGGAUUCCUGGGAGAUGGUUGCAUCUAUGGCAGAUAAAAGGAUCCACUUUGGUGUGGGUGUCAUGCUGGGCUUUAUUUUUGUAGUCGGUGGGCAUAACGGUGUCUCACAUUUGUCAAGCAUUGAAAGAUAUGACCCUCAUCAAAAUCAGUGGACUGUGUGUAGACCAAUGAAAGAACCCAGAACAGGAGUUGGUGCUGCAGUAAUCGAUAACUACCUUUAUGUGGUCGGUGGUCACUCAGGGUCUUCCUAUCUGAACACCGUACAGAAAUAUGACCCUAUCUCAGAUACAUGGCUGGAUUCAGCUGGCAUGAUAUACUGUCGCUGCAAUUUCGGGUUAACUGCACUUUGA